GUUGACGGCUGGUCAUCUCUCCCACCUACAUGUGCGCGAUGCCUGCGUGGCCCCCGAUAGCGUGCGACGGCGGCCAAGUAUCACAUACAGGGUGCCUCGGUGUAUCGAACGUCGGCCUCGCUUAGUAGAAGCAUAAAGUUAUUCUGGGGGGCGGACGCGGUGUCUCUCUCGUCUCGGUUUUCGUUCACGGGAUAAAAAACGUUCGAUCCGCCUCGACUUCCGCCCCUUCCUCUCCGCCGCAAGUCGCUAUUAAAUAGACAGGUAAUUAAUGAGGCACGCGAGCAGCUGCAGCGGCUCCGCUCCAGAUGCAACCGUUCGAGAUCCUCCACAAGAUGACCGAUUCAAAGUAUUUUACUACUACAAAGAAAGGAGAAAUAUUUGAACUCAAGUCGGAACUGAACAAUGAAAAGAAAGAAAAGAAGAAGGAAGCUGUAAAGAAGGUCAUUGCUUCCAUGACAGUGGGAAAAGAUGUGUCCGCGCUGUUUCCUGAUGUGGUGAAUUGCAUGCAGACCGAUAAUCUGGAACUGAAAAAACUGGUGUACCUAUACCUGAUGAACUAUGCUAAAAGCCAACCAGACAUGGCCAUCAUGGCGGUCAACACGUUCGUCAAGGAGCUAGCGACAUCUCCGAUGACAAAGGAUUGCGAGGAUCCAAAUCCGCUGAUUCGCGCGCUAGCAGUUCGCACGAUGGGCUGUAUACGCGUCGACAAGAUAACUGAGUAUCUAUGCGAGCCGCUGCGCAAGUGCCUGAAGGACGAGGAUCCGUAUGUGCGCAAGACGGCAGCCGUAUGCGUCGCCAAACUUUAUGACAUUAACGCGGCCUUAGUUGAGGAUCAAGGAUUCCUGGAUCAGUUGAAGGAUCUUCUGUCCGACAGCAAUCCAAUGGUUGUCGCAAAUGCAGUUGCUGCGUUGUCUGAAAUCAACGAAGCUAGUCCAAGCGGUCAACCAUUGGUGGAAAUGAACGCGCAAACUAUAAACAAAUUAUUGACGGCGCUCAACGAAUGUACGGAAUGGGGCCAAGUUUUCAUCCUGGAUUCACUGGCGAAUUAUUCACCCAAAGAUGAUCGCGAGGCGCAGAGUAUCUGUGAACGAAUCACUCCUCGUCUGGCGCACGCCAAUGCUGCGGUCGUGCUUUCUGCUGUUAAAGUAUUAAUGAAAUUGAUGGAGAUGUUGCAGUCUGAAUCGGAUUUUGUCGGCACACUUACGAAAAAAUUAGCGCCUCCUCUCGUUACAUUAUUAAGCUCUGAGCCGGAAGUUCAGUAUGUUGCACUGAGAAACAUCAAUCUUAUCGUGCAGAAGCGACCAGACAUUCUGAAACACGAGAUGAAAGUAUUCUUCGUCAAGUAUAACGAUCCUAUUUACGUAAAAUUGGAAAAGCUGGACAUUAUGAUUCGUUUAGCGUCACAAGCUAAUAUCGCACAAGUUCUAUCGGAACUGAAGGAAUACGCCACUGAAGUUGAUGUGGAUUUUGUGAGGAAAGCCGUGAGAGCCAUCGGUCGUUGCGCCAUAAAAGUCGAGCCAUCCGCGGAACGUUGUGUUUCUACAUUACUGGAUCUGAUACAAACGAAGGUGAACUACGUCGUUCAAGAAGCAAUUGUGGUUAUAAAAGACAUCUUCCGCAAGUAUCCUAAUAAAUACGAAAGCAUAAUCUCGACUUUGUGCGAGAAUUUGGACACACUCGAUGAGCCUGAGGCCCGUGCUUCUAUGAUCUGGAUUAUCGGAGAAUACGCAGAGCGCAUUGACAAUGCGGAUGAGCUGUUGGAGAGCUUCCUGGAGGGAUUCCAUGAUGAAAACACACAAGUUCAGCUACAGUUGCUUACCGCGAUUGUUAAACUGUUCCUCAAGAGGCCCACAGACACACAGGAGUUGGUUCAGCAGGUGCUCAGCCUGGCCACACAGGAUUCCGACAAUCCCGAUCUACGAGAUCGUGGUUUCAUCUACUGGCGAUUACUCAGUACCGAUCCGGCAGCAGCUAAGGAGGUAGUGCUCGCGGAAAAACCACUGAUUUCAGAAGAGACGGAUCUGUUGGAACCGACAUUGUUGGACGAAUUAAUUUGUCAUAUCUCGAGCUUAGCGUCUGUAUAUCACAAACCCCCCACGGCAUUCGUAGAAGGAAGAGCGGCGGGCGCUAGGAAAUCGCUGCCUGCUAGAAGUAAUUCGAAUGAAGAUUCUAAUCGUACAACUGCACAACCGCAUGCGCAAGUUAUACCUGCUCAGGAUUCCCUGAUUGGCGACCUACUCAGCAUGGAUAUUGGUGGCCCAACAAUGGUCACACCAGCACCUGCACCACAAUCCACAGGAUUAGGAUUGGAUCUUCUAGGUGGCGGUCUCGACGGCAUUCUGAGCAAUGACACCACAGCUGCACCACCAGUAGUUUCCCAAAGCACAACGGGUCUACUGGGUGACAUAUUUGGCUUUAGUCAAGGUCCCACAGCUUAUAUACCUCCCAAAGUCAACUGGCUACCAGCCGAAAAGGGCAAGGGCUUUGAUAUCUGGGGCACAUUCUCGAGAAAAAAUGGACAAAUCAGUAUGGACAUGACUUUUACGAACAAGGCAAUGCAACCUAUGGGAGGUUUCGCGAUACAACUCAACAAAAAUAGCUUCGGAUUGACACCGGCGGCUCCAUUGCAAGUGCCCGCUCCUCUGAGUCCCGGAUCGAGUAUAGAAACGAGCGUCAUUUUAUCUACUGCGGGUGCAGUACAACGCAUGGAGCCCCUGAACAAUCUUCAAGUUGCUAUCAAAAACAACAUUGACGUUUUUUAUUUUGCGUGUAUCGUGCCCAUGAAUGUAUACUUUGCAGAGGAUGGACAAUUGGAUAAGAGAGUGUUUCUUUCUACUUGGAAAGAUAUACCUGCACAGAAUGAGGUACAAUAUACGUUAAACGGAGUGAUGUUGACUGCGGAUCAAGUUGUGCAAAAAAUGCAACAAAAUAAUGUUUUCACGAUUGCUAAAAGAAAUGUAGAAGGACAGGAUAUGCUUUAUCAGUCUCUCAAAUUGACAAAUAAUGUCUGGGUGUUGAACGAGUUGAAAAUUCAGCCAGGCAAUCCCGAUGUUACGUUGUCCCUGAAAUCCCGAUCCGUAGAAGUCGCCCCUGGAGUAUUUCAAGCGUACAAUGCGAUUUUACAUUCUUAAGUUUUCCCGUUUUUUUCGUCAAUUAGAAUAUUGCUAUAAGAUGCGAAUUAUAAAAGACAAUGCGAGCAUGCGGCUUAUUUAUAGAGAAAUUAUCUGUGUACAUCCAUACAUAUGAAACUCAAGAGUAUCUUGAAUACAGUACUAUAGGAAUCUCUGUUACAAAUUGCCGAAGUUAUUAUAAAAACAAUCACGGGCGUGUAUGGAAAUAAAAAUUUAUGAUCACGUCUAUAUCCUCAUUUGUAUA